GUUCAAGAUAAUUUGAAUGGUUUGGUUCAAACCUCGAAGUGCUCUGAAUGGCUGCUCUUUUAUUUAUGUUUUGAAUGAGAAUAUCUUCCCUUUUCCCAUUGGGUCUUUAUUAGUUAUAGUUAAUUAAUAAUUCAAAGCUGUGAAUAAUGAUUAACCCCGAAGUCUCUCAGUUAAAAACAAAGAUGGCAGAUGAAGUAGACUUAGGCAAGAAGAGGUCACAUGAUCCAGCGUUCAAAGGACCAAUUGAGGAUCGAUCAUGUACAGAUAUCAUCUGUUGUAUUCUCUUUGUGGCCUAUAUCAUUGGCAUGGUGGUCGUGGGAAUCAUAGCUUUCAUUGAGGGAGACCUCGAUCGGCUUCUUCUUCCAACUGAUUCACAGGGAAAAGUUUGUGGAAAAGACUAUCCCAAUCAAAAGUACUUGGUGUUUUUUGACCUCACCAAGUGUAUCAAGUUUGAUAUCUCUCAGCUGUCCUCACCAUCUUGCCCAACACCACAGGUUUGUGUCAGCAAAUGUCCAACAAAGAAUGAAGCUGGUAUCACUGUCAGUUACGAGAACAUGAUAUGCAAGCCAGGGAUAGCAAAACCAAACACUACAAGCGAAAGGACCACUCUGAUCAAGGAAUCAAAAUGUGCUCCCUACUACCUAGCCAGCGCACCAGUGCUUUACCGCUGUAUUCCAACUGGAUUAGGUGGCCUUAAUAAACAUGUUACUAACUCCCAGUCCAAUGCAAACGUUACUGGUACCUCGAUAUAUGAGGCAAUAAAAAAUUUAAAGAUUGUUCUAGAUGCUCAAAAUGUUGGAAUGAAGAUUAUUGAUGAUGUCAAGGCUGUGUGGUAUUGGAUUCUAGUGGGCUUCAUUCUAGCUAUGGUGCUGGCAUUGAUUUACAUCGUCAUAACAAGGCAUGUACUGGUGCUUCUCCAAGUUCAAGAUGUUGAACGAUUCAGGUGAAAGCAAGCCAUUUGAACUCAAGUUUACUGUUGAUCUGUCCACUUACAAGGAUUCUAAGGAAACUUGGCUGGCUCUUGGAAUACUAUUGAGCAUCAUGCUGGUGAUCAUUCUACUAAUCCUAUUGGUCAUGUGCAGUCGCAUCAAGAUUGCUGUAGAGAUGAUCAGUGAAGCGAGCAAGGCCUUAUCUUCAAUGCUUUCUACUCUGUUUUUUCCUCUUAUUCCUUGGUUGAUGCAGCUCAUUUUGUUUGUCUGGUUCAUUGCUGUUUUGCUUUACCUUUCUACUAAUGGUAAGCCACAAUAUGAGACUGUCGAUGUACCAGAAAAUGACAUCUAUAACCUGACAAACUCAGCUGAUUGCAAUGCCAAGACAUUUGAUUCGAUGUAUCCCAAUACAUCUGCCAGCUGUAUUCUUAUAGGAUACAAGGAAAACAAAUAUCUUCUGCGGAUGCAGGUCUAUCAUUUCUUUGGUUGGUUGUGGAUCAUGAACUUCAUUAUCGCUUUGGGUCAGUGUGUUCUUGCUGGUGCCUUCGCAUCCUGGUAUUUUGCUUUUGACAAGCCAGAGGACAUCCCCACCCUGCCAGUCUUGUCAUCUUUCUGGAGGACAAUAAGGUACCACACAGGAUCACUGGCUUUUGGUGCAGCUAUCAUAGCUAUAGUACAGAUGAUCAGAGCAGUGCUGGAAUAUAUUGAUAGGAAACUAAAAGAAUAUGGUCAGGACAACAAGGCAGUGAAAUUCAUUCUGUGUUGCUGUAAGUGUUGUUUCUGGUGUCUGGAGAAGUGUCUGAGGUUCCUGAACAAGAACGCUUACAUUGUGAUUGCGAUUUAUGGCAAGAAUUUCUGUUCCUCUGCCAAAGAUGCCUUUCAACUGCUGCUCAGGAAUGUACUCAGGGUCGCAGCAGUGAACAGCGUCACUUCAUUUUUGUUGUUUCUUGGGAAGGUUUUUGUCACUGGCAUCAUAGGUGUGGCGAGCUACUUCUGGUUCCGUAAAGUCAAUGAAGAUGACCCGACGUCCCUCAACUAUGACGUGGUGCCAGUCAUCAUCACCAUCAUCUUUGCUUAUGUGGUGACAGUGUUGUUCUUUGAUGUGUACGACAUGUGCAUCGAUACCAUCUUCCUUUGCUUCCUGGAGGAUAUUGAGCGUAACAAUGGCAGUGUCGAAAAGCCAUAUUACAUGAGUGACUCGCUCAAGAAGAUUCUCCAAAAGCAAAACAGAGGAUCUGUAGAACGAGUUGACGGAGCCAGCGAUGAUGCUGCUGGGAAACCAAAGAGUGACGAAUAAAACCUCGAGGGAAAAGGGAAGAACCAUUUGAUGUCAACACUAAGGCGUAAUGUAAUGUAAUUCACAAUGAUAUCCCAUAAUGCACUAUUCUAACUACUUAAAUCGAUUAUCAGAUUUGCGCGUUUUGUUAGGAAAGAUCCAGGCUUCGUAAGGGUAAAAAGCACUAUAAAAAUCACGCUGAUAAAAUUUUCUUUAAGGAUUCGAUGCAAGAAUGAUGCUCUUUUAUAUUAGAAUAUACAACAGAUUUUGUAUGACUAUAUUACCGACCGAAGGACCGACCGAACGGCCGACCAACCAACCAACCAAUUAACAAACAAACAAUCAAUUGCAUAAGGUAUGAUGGUGCCGUUAGAUGAGAAGAUAUCCUUUGUCCGGCUGAUGUUUUCUUUUCUUUGCCAUGACAUUGCCGUUUGCUGCAAUUUUUCAAUUUUUCAAAAUUGAAGCUUUAAUUGGGCUUCCUGUGGCUCGAGGAUUACCACAGGAACCCCAAAGAAGGUUUUAUAUCUAGUAGAUAAAGCAAAUUCAAGUCGAUAACAUAUGAGGUCUUAUCCAAUGAUAAUCUGUUUUCCGUAAGUCGAAAUGGUUUUUAUAACCACAUGAAAUCCGAAAAUGUUUCGUCAUACCAAAGUCUGUUAGAUGUUCAGUAGAACUUAAUUAGGGCAUGUUUUCUAUUGUAAAAUGACUACAUAACGCGUGUAUUCUUCUAUAAACCAUGCGCGCCCUUUCAUUCUUGACUUUAAACUUCCAUGUAAAGGAUGAUAGAACAACUGAAAUACAAGCAACUCGCGCCCAGUAUGCAUGGUAAGUGUACUGGGCUAUCCACGUCACGUCUGCGUUACUACUGGUCAGCAGUAGCAUUGUCAGCGUUAAGAACGCGAGGUCUGGGAACGAGAUUGUUGUAAUUAGAGAACGAUUCAUUCCCAGAUUGAAUAAUUGUUCAUAAAUACUGUCCUAGAUUUUUGAUAUAUAAUCAAUUUGCUAUCAAGCUAGAACAAGAAACAAAGAAGCAAUAUGUUUGACUAGUAAUAAUAAGAGGAAUAGAAAGCCAUUUGAGAGCAGUAACAGUAUUCGAGCAUUCUGAUUGGAUACCGCGUGCCCUUAUGAUUGACUUAGAGCGGAAGCCAUUUAGUUAAGAACAUGAUAGCAUCACUGUAUAAAAUGUUUGUUUUGUAUCCUCACAGUAGAAAUAGCGUAAAAUAACAAGGAACUUGGAAUUCGUUGAAAAAAAUAAUUUUCAAUCCUUUCUCUUUCUUAUAUCUCGAUAUCAAUACUACCAGAUUCCUUUUCGCAGUUCAUUUUGUAAGCCAAAUUAACACUAUUAUCUCGGUACUCUUAUGGGUGUUGCCAUUGAAUAAGAAAAAGAAUAUGUAGAGGAUUCUGGCAUAAUAGAUUCUUCUCAAAAUUAUCUUGAACGCUACUAGGCUAACAUAGAAAUACGAAAGAAAUACCACAAAUUCCAUCGAGAAAAUGUGUGAUUCCUUCUGUGUUUUCAUGUUCUCGCAUCCAUGAUAAUUUGGUAUUGGUAUAAGUGAAUGGAGAAUUGUCAGCCCGUGCACACAUCAACGAUUCAAAAAAAACACGCCGACUACUGAACACUGGGCAUGCGUAGUUUUCUUGCCAUUGUUGUGACAUCACAAUGUUCUAAGGUCCCCGCCCAAUUUCCAUUUGCAUCAGUGACAAUAUUAUACAAGGCCUGCGUUUUGAAGUCGCCUUUGAACGACUGGGCAAAUUUCCAUUUUGGUGUGACCGGCAGUGAGGAUAAAAUAGAGAGGCAAAAGUACGCGUUGUCCAAAGUGUAGACGGGGCCCCAAAUUUGAACGUAAAAAACGCCCAAAUAUUGCUGUGUGACGUACUGAUAUAAUAAUAUAAAAAUAUGAUAAAUUGUUUUAAAAGCUAAAUAAACACAACUGUCUCUCGCUA